AUGGAGGAAUAUACUGUCAAACAAGUGGCUGAGCACAGCAGACCAGACGAUGCGUGGUUAACAAUACACGGCCACGUUUACGAUGUCACUAGAUAUAUAAGAGAUCAUCCCGGUGGCGCAGAUGUCUUGGUUGAAGCAGCUGGCACUGAUGCCAGUGAAGACUUUGAUAAUGCUGGACACUCAGAAGAUGCGUUUGAGAUCAUGGAAGAUCUCUGCAUCGGCAAGAUUAAGGGUUUUGAGAAGAAGAAGCCCAAGCUGAAGCCACUCGCUCCCAUUACCACACCUAAGACCGGACCUGACGGAUCUUCCUCUUUGUCAUCGUUGGCAAACUGUACUUUUGUUCUUGUUGCGGGCAUCGGUGCAUACUAUUUCGGUCGUCGUCACCAACUCAGUGUGCCGAACUGGAUGCUUGCUUCUUUGAGAAAUGACUCGACUGGCUCAAGUUUCAUCAAAGGCAUAAUCGUCGGAGGUGGAUCUCUUGCGAUUACAAACGCGAUACUCGCUCAACGCUUCACCUCGUUAGCUAUGAAGAGCAAACCUUUUACAAGCUAUCCUGCGCACAUGAAGGUGCCAAAGCGAACUCAGCAAGACACUCUCCUGCAGCGAGGACUUUUGGACCCCGUUAGCUACUCUCCUCUUCCUCUGGUCAACAAAACUCAAAUCACACCAAAUGUUCUUCGCUUGACCUUUAGUCUACCGACAAAAAGCACGGUGCUCGGCCUGCCAAUCGGGCAGCACGUCACAAUCAAGGCCGACGUACGGGGAGAAACUGUUGCUCGCUCAUAUACGCCUGUCUCAAACAACUCCGACCUUGGAGUCCUUGAGCUGGUCAUCAAAGUGUAUCCGGACGGAAAACUGACCAAUAAUUAUCUUGCCCAUCUUGAGGUUGGAGAUGAGGUUCUUUUCCGAGGUCCCAAGGGAGCAAUGAAGUAUCAACCCAACAUUUGUAACAAAAUCGGGUUGAUCGCUGGUGGCACGGGUAUCACACCCAUGUUUCAAGUUAUUCGUGCCGUUUGUGAGCAUGACCGUGACACCACGGAGAUUUCCUUGAUUUACGCCAACCGGACAGAGCAGGAUAUCCUUCUACGGGAGGAACUAGACAAAUUCGCCAGACGUUACCCGAAGAACUUCAAAGUUUAUUACAUACUAGAUGAACCCCCCAGCGGCUGGGAGUAUGGCUUGGGUUAUGUCACACAGGAAUUGAUGAAGGAGAAAAUGCCUGCUCCCAGCAUGGAUUCUAAGGUCUUCUUGUGCGGUCCCCCAGGAAUGGUAAAUGCAUCUAAGAAAGCGCUUGUUGGCUUGGGUUAUGAGCAACCUGGGGCUUCAGCGAAGAUGUCGGACCAGAUCUUUGUAUUUUAA